AUGGAGACGAGGAUGAUGACAACGAACAAGCAUUGGUAGAGCAAGAAGACGGGGGAAAGGGAAGCUUUAGUCACACUCUGGCAGUGUUUGGGAGGGCGUUCAUGUGAGAUUAAAGUUGAGCUGUACCGCUAGCGGUAUCAGUUAUACCAAACGGGUCUAAUAGGCUAGUUGUAAAGCCCUAUAAACGCUCGGUAAACCGCUCCCAAAAAUAAUCUCCAAAACAAAGCUUUUGAGAGAGCGGUUUAUCUAAAACUCGAUCUCUGUUUGUUUCACUCCUCCGUCACGAGUUCUUUGCACAGAAGAGAGGUGCGAACCGUUGCGAUCUCGAACUCAUCACCCACCACGACGAGGUUUUUGUUGAUACCAGUGGUUACGUCUCUGUCUUCGUUCAACCCAAGGAGAUCACAAAGCCACUUGAUUUUUUGAUAUGUCAAGGAAAGGGAAAGAUAAAAUGACUUCAUAUGAGGGUAGUCAUAAUGAGAGAAUUCAAUGGGAUGAUUCGAAUACUCUGUGUCUUGGUUGAGAUAUGUGUUGCUGCUAUGAAAGCUGCUAAGCGAGUCCCUGACAGUCGUAUACCAAAACUGGAAUGGGAAGAACUUGUGGUCCAAUUCAAUGCUAAAACAGGACAUAAUUAUCAAAAACAAUCAUUAAAGAAUAAAUGGGAUUUGCUUAGAAAAGACUGGACAUUAUGGGUGAAGAUGACUACCCAGGAUACGGGUGUUGGGUGGGAUGCUGUUACUGGCACUAUAAAUGCAAGCGACGAAUGGUGGGAAGAGAAAAUUAAGGAGAACAAGGAAUAUGCCAAAUUCCGUAAACAUGGCUUCAAGAAUAAGGCAGACCUUGAAUUCAGUUUUACGAGGACAUAUGCUACUGGUUCAGCGAGAUUGGCACCGUCUAGUGGAUACAUACCAACUCCAAAAUACCAUUGUAGUGAUGGUAAUCAGAGUACCCAACCUGACGAUGAUUUGGAUACUUGGUUUGGAGAAGGAUAUGUGCCUGAGCUACCCAACACAUCGAAAGAUUCACCCUACCCAUACACUGAUCCAUCCAAUGAAGUACACCUUGGAGAAUCACCUGAAAAAAUUAUUGAUAAUGAUGAUAUUUCUUCUGCAAGUUCACCUUCUAAAGGUGUUCCGGUGACACCAUCUCACACAUCCGGAUCAUUGGGAAAGAGAUCAUUCGAGGGUUCAGUUAGCAAGAACUCAAGUAAGAAGCGAUCGAUCACCAGAGCUGAUGAACAUGAGACAAUGCAGAGGUUGGUAUAUGCUGUGGAGUCCCAUGUGUCUGCGAGUAACUCAGUGGCAGCACCUAGGGUUCGCAACGUCACCAAGACCACUGUGGCUAUGGCUAUGGAUAUUCUGCGUCAGAUGAGGAAGGAAGAAGGAAUUUCUAAUAAACUUAUUAUCUUUGCAGCUGAAUUGUUUUCUGAUAAUCGUGCCAAAGCGGACAUGUUUUGCAACUUGGACCCUGAUUUGAGGCUGCCAUAUCUGGAGCAGAAAUAUGAGGAGAGAAGCAAUAUGGGUGGUGUGUGAUGACAAUGACUUUAGUUGCAUUUUAACAUGUUUUUUUUUUGGAUAUUCCAAUCUAGGUUAAUGAUAGUAUUAAG